AAAUCUCCCCCAUAAAGUUUUCCUCUGUUACUUCAGUGUGCUCCGCUGACCGCUGCCUGCCAGAGCUGCCACUGACACAAGGAGAGUGAGAGAGCCUGCAGCAAGAACAGAUUUGGAGGUAUGAAAGUGCUCCUGCCUCAACUAUUAGAGGGAGCCAGUGGAGCGAACAGUACGGCUACACAUCAUCUACCUGAGAAAGCAGUUUGCAGAGGGAAUGAGUGGAGCGAGCAGUGGGCUACUUUACCUACCUCUCUUCUGGUUGGCCAUCAAUACUCUACUAUUCUGGAGAACCUUUAACCGGUAUUACAGCGGCCCACAGUACUACUACUUGCAUCAGAUGCUGGGGUUAGGAUUGUGUAUAAGCAGAGCUUCGGCCUCCGUCCUCAACUUCAACUGCAGUUUGGUUCUGUUGCCCAUGUGCCGGUCUCUGCUGGCUAUGGUCCGUAGAUGUGAAAGGAUUGUAAGCAGGAAGACCCGAAGACUUUUGCAUAAGUACAAAUCGUUUCAUGCUGCUUGUGGCACUGCCAUAUGUGUCUUUUCAGCCGUGCAUGUUGGAGCCCACAUCAUCAAUGCUGGAAACUUUUCUACAAACUACCACAGCGAAUAUAUUGAGCUUAAUGUAGCUCACUACAAAGAUGAGGAUCCGAGAAAAAUUAUCUUCACUUCGGUUCCGGGGGUGACCGGAGUCUUGAUGGUGCUGAUAUUAUUUCUUAUGUCCACGGCCUCAACUGCAUCGAUAAGGGCAUGUAAUUUUGAUAUCUUCCUGCACACACACAACCUAUUUUUUAUAUUCUAUAUGCUUCUCCUGGUCCAUGCUGCAGGAGGUGUGCUAAAAUAUCAGACUAAUUUAGAAGAACACCCUCCCGGCUGCCUCCAGCUAAACAGGACCAUGAAGUAUUCUGCUCCACUUACUGAACCUAAUGGAGAGGGAUAUUUGCUGAAUACGGAACAACUGGCCUCAAGUCCAUUUAACACACAUGAAGAACUUUUCAUUAACAAUGGUACAUUUAGGAUAUGCGCCAAAGACCCGGCAUUUCAUCCCCACUUCCCAGAGACUUGGCUGUGGAUUUCGGCACCUCUAUGUCUGUACUGUGCAGAACGUUUAUAUCGAUACUUCCGGAGCACUAAGCCGGUGACCAUCACCUCUGUUAUCCAUCAUCCUUGCAACGUCAUGGAAAUCAGAAUGACUAAAGAUCAUUUCGAAGCGAGGCCUGGCCAGUACAUCAUUCUACAAUGCCCAAGAAUAUCUGCAUUGGAAAACCAUCCAUUUACCUUGACAAUGUGUCCUACAGAGACAAGAGCCACGUUUGCAGUUCACAUUAAAAUAGUGGGAGACUGGACAGAACGAUUAUGCAGUCUUCUAUCAUCACAGUGUGACCAGGGGACGGAAAUAAUUCCAAUUUUUCAGCACAGCAAAAAACCAAAGAUCUAUAUUGAUGGACCCUUCGGGAGCCCAUCAGAAGAAGCUUUGAAUUAUGAAGUCAGCCUUUGUAUUGCAGGAGGGAUCGGAGUCACCCCAUAUGCUUCCAUAUUUAACCAGUUAUUGGAGAAGUGGAAAGACUACAAACUGCAGAGGUUGUACUUUGUGUGGAUAUGUAGAGACAUCCAGGCGUUCCUCUGGUUCGCUGAUUUACUGUGUCUCCUCUAUAAAAAGUUUUGGCAAGAAAACCGACCGGAUUAUCUGAACAUCCAGCUGUACCUGAGCCAAGCAGAUGGGAUACAGAAAAUAAUUGGUGAAAAAUACCAGGCUUUGAACUCUCGGCUUAUUAUCGGACGCCCUCGAUGGAAACUUUUGUUUGAUGAGAUUGCCAAGUCUAACAGACAGAAACCAGUCGGAGUGUUCUGCUGUGGACCCAAAGGUCUUUCGAGAGAUCUCCAUAAACUGUGCAACCGGCCCAAUGCCUAUGGGACCAGAUUUGAAUACAACAAGGAAUCCUUCAGCUGAAAGGAAAUGUAGGAACAAGAGACCAAAGUGCAAAUAACACAAACCAAAGAACAUUCAUUCUCUCGAGAUUCAGACGGGAGCAAUUCACUUCUAUGCACAUUGGAGCCAUGUGAUGAAGACAUAGGGGAAGAUUUAUCAAAACCUGUCAAGAGGAAAAGGGAAAGUUGCUGAGUUGCCCAUAGCAACCAAUCAGAUCGCUCCUUUUAUUUCUUUCAAAGGCCUCUGAAAAAUGAAAGAAGCGAUCUGAUUGGUUGCUAUGUACUCAGCAGCUUUUCCUCUUGACAGGUUUUGAUAAAUCUUCCCCUAUUCACUGUGACAUAUGAAUAGACUCAUGUCGUACUGAGUUUCUCUCAUAUAUGAAGCCACCUGAGAUGGUGUUUCUAUGCAGUCCACAUCAUGUCUAGAUAAAAAAUGUUCAAUAUUUUACUAUACUUAAUAUAUUAUCCCAACUAAGAUGUUUUAUUGUGUUUUUACUAUAGUACACUAUACACGGGCUUCAGGGUGAACUUGAAUGUUUUUUCUUAUUAAAGAGGUACUCCACUGGGAGAAAAAAAAAUGUAAUCAACCAGUGCCAGAAAGUUAAACGGAUU